GAACCCCCUCCCCCUGCUCGGCGAGAACUUCCGCAAGGAAGUUGAGAGCCGAAUGAGGAAGAGUUGAGAGGAGAAACCGCCGAGUGAGACCACGGAGUUAAAACCACGGAGUUAAAACCACGGAGUGAGACCACGCAGUGGGAGACCGCGGAGUGAGAGAGAGAGGUGAGCGGGAGUGAGAGACCACGGGAAUUGUGGCCACAGCGGGAGGCCGCGGACCAUGAAAGUCACGGUUCGCUUUGGCCGCACGCGGGUGGUGCUGCCGUGCGGGGACGGCUCCCAGCGGGUGCGGGACGCGGUGACCGAGGCGGUGAGGCGCUACAGGAAGGCGCUGGGCAAGGACUCCUCCUACUGGGUGCAAGUGCAGCACCUGGAGCACAAGGAUGGUGGAAUCCUUGAUGAUGACGAUCUCCUCCGGGAUGUUUGUGACGAUAAAGACAAGCUGAUCGCCAUCUACGAGGAGCAGGAGCCCCAGCCGGGCGGCGGCGGGGACUGCACAAGCACCAGCUCCACGGGCACGCAGAGCCCCGACAUGUUCGGCAGCGAGGUGGAGCCGCCAGGCCAUGCCGCUGCCACCACGGCCUUCAACGAGAUCGAGGUCACACCCUCGGCCCUCCGAGCCACCACUCCGCUACACGUGCGACGCAGCAGCGACCCCGCGCUGGCUGGAUCCGCGUCGGAACUGGUCCAGCCCGGCCUUACGGUCGCGGGUGACGGUGGCCGCAGGCCACAGACGCACUGGUCUACCACGAACCUGCACCAGCCGGCCGAGCCACCCCCCACGCAGAACAGCACGGGUGGAGGGAGUGAAGGGGGAUUGGGGCCCAUGGGGGAGGGGCACCUGCCGGGGUUCCAGCGGGAUCUGUCGCGUUCCUCGGUGGGCCUCACGCACCCCAUCGUGGAGAAGUGGCUGGAGAGGCAGGAGGCCGUGGAGAAUGGGGAAAAGGAAGAGGGCAGUGGCCACAAACGGGAUGAGAUCGUCAAACCCACGUCCCGCGCGGCCACCCCCCAUCCCAGGGACUUCAAGAAGCUGGUGGAGGUGGUGAACGACGGGGGCCCGCUCGGCAUCCACGUGGUGCCCUUUCUCACCAAGAGCGGGAGGAGCCUGGGCCUGCGGAUUCGCACUAUCGAGGAAGGCAGCAGGACCCAGCGCGAGGGGGCUCUGCGCCAGAACGACUGCAUCACGCGCAUCAAUCACACACGCCUCACCGAUACCUCCUUUGAGGAGUCACAAAAGGCUUUUCGCGAGGCCCUGAAGAGCAGCGUUCUGCAACUGUGGGUCGUUCACGGGGAGAAGCGAGAACACUACGAGCAGGUGAUGCAGCUGUGGGGCAACCAGGAGUCCGAGCAGAUCGAUUCCGACUCGGCCGAGGACAUUGAUGAAGAUUAUGAGGACGAGGGCCCACCGUCCUUCAAGGUGCCCCCGCCGGUGGCACCAAAACCCACCAUGAAACCAGUGGCAGGGCUAAGCAGCAGGAAGCAGGAACCGCCUUCAGGUGCCGGUGCCAGUGCCAAGGUCACCCCCAAGUCUCUUCUCAUUGCACCUGCGCGGAGGAUGCCGAUACCGGCAGCUUUCCUGGCGGCGACAGACGCGAAUUCUGGAACGGCUUCCUCUGCUCAGCCAAUCCCAGCUGAGACCCAGCAGCACAAGCCACCAGCACAGGUGCCCAGGAAAAUCCCAGGCCCUAGGUCCGCGACAGGGUCAACGUUCGGUGGUGACACUACGUCAGCACAGCUGGCGUCUCCCACGAAAGCCCCAGUGAAGGCCGACGUAAAGCUACAGCAGGCGACGGCAGCAGUGGCAGCGGCUGUAUCUGCCGCCGUUGCGAGUCGCAUCCCCACGGCCAGCUCCAGCAUGGCUGCCCCUGCGGCCACGCCCAACGUCGCCUAUACCACAAAGAAGGUGGAUAAGAAGAUUCCUAUUCACCUGAAGAAAGGUCUCGACGGGCUAGGCUUCACGAUCGCGACACGCGACACGCCGGUGGGAGGCCGCACGCCGAUCUACGUGAAGAGCAUCAUGUCCAAGGGCGCGGCACUGAGUGACGGCCGCCUCAAGUCUGGAGAUCGGCUCCUGGAGGUGAACGGGCUGGACGUGACGAGUCGCACGCAGGAGGAAGUUGUGGCGAUUCUGCGCAGCACUAAGCUUGGCGGCUCCGUCGACCUGCUGGUCUCGCGCCACCACGACGUCCCCCUCUCCCCAGAUGAUCCGCCGGAGCGCCCACAAGUAGGCAGUGCGGCAGAAGAAGAGGAUCGCUUGCUUUCCCCUGACGGUUCCCGCGAGUUCCUGACGCUCCACAUCCCCCUGCACGACAUGGGCGCUGCGAGCCUCGGGGUCAGUGUCAAGGGGACCAAGGAUCGCCGAACAAACGCGGAUCUGGGCAUUUUCAUCAAGACCAUCAUCGCGGGAGGGGCAGCUGCCAAGGAUGGGCGCCUACGUGUGGACGAUCAGCUGAUCGCCGUGAACCGCGAGUCGCUGCUCGGUCGGUCCAACUUGGAGGCCAUGGAGUCUCUGAGGUGCGCCAUGUCCCGCGAUGCCGGCGACCCCUCGCUUAUCCAGCUCGUGGUGGCUCGCUCGCUCGGCAAGCCAGGACCGACGGAGGUGGAGUCACACGCGCCUGGGUCAGCGGGGAACACGGCGGAGGUCAACGAGCGCCGGGUGUCGGCCACGCAGAGCCCCGUGGCGGCUCCUGACCUGGGGCCCGUCGACAAGUCUGCUAAGCCGGCGAGCACAGGAGCCUGGCAAGGCACAACUGACCGGGAUGACUUGGGUGGCCAGGAGAGGAAGGCACCACAGGCCCGGAGCGUCCCCUGGGAGCCUGGCACCAGCAGCACACAGGGGCAACUGGACCCAGCGCUGGCCUUUCAGCGGGAGGGAUUUGGCCGACAGAGUGUAUCGGAGAAACGCACCGUGCAGUAUGGAGACCCCAGCCACCUGGAGGUGCUCAAGGCACGCAAGUCCAAGAGCAUGGACAUGAUCGCAGACGAAGGUAGCGUGCAUGCGUCUGCUGAAACACGCAAAGGUCCCUCAGACGGCUCCGUUGGGCCAGCCUUGGGCCUCAAGAUGAGCAGCUCGCUGGAGAGUCUGCAGACAGCUGUGGCCGCGGAGGGUGGCCACGCUGAGUUCCUCUUCCACCGGCCGCGCCCCCCCCGUCUCAUCCGCGGCCGUGGCUGCAACGCGAGCUUCCGUGCGGCCAUCGACAAGUCGUAUGACACGCCCCAGGAUGGCAGCGACGAUGACGAUGAUGAGGAUGACGAGGAGGAGGAGGAUGCAAUGGACACUGUGGAGGAAGAGGAGGAGGACCCGGAGGAGGCGGCCAAGGGCCUGGGAGAUGGCGUUUCUGGAGCCCCCACCGGUCUUCCUGUCCCAAGCGGUAGCGCCAAGACCAAGCGCAGCUCUCCCAGGAGCAAAGACGCAACUCUGGAGUCUGGCGCAGCUGGCGACAAGGAGUGCAAGAAAGAUAAGAAAGCCAAGAAGCUCAAGAGCCUUGGCAUGGUGUUCAGGUUUGGAAAAGUUAAGAAAGAGGACAAGAGUGAGCAGAAGAGUGGGGACAAGCAGAAGGUGGUGGACAACAAGACGGCCACAGAGGAGGAGAAGGAGAAGAUGAGGGACGAGCAAGAGAGGAUCCAGACAAAGCACAGGGAGAUUCGCGAGCGGCAGGCUCGCGAGCUGAAGCUGCAGCAGGAGCGCGAGCAGCUCGCCGCUCAGUCGCGCGGCACGUCUGGCUACUACGAGGAGCACAACCCAGCCUACGCCAGCCUGGGUCCCUCCGCGUCACCGCCUGCUUUGCACAAACCACCCUACGUGAAGAACACCAAGGCCUAUGCCAGCGAGGACGAGAUCCGAGCCAUGUACGCCAAAGUGAAUAAGGCGGGUAGCCUGCCGAAGCCUGUCCCCCAGUCAGAAAGAAUGCUGGCAGGGGGUCGUGUGAACUCCUACUACGAGGAGUGCAACCCGAUAUACGGCCGGACGCGGGACGGUGUGCCCAGGCACCCCCAAGCCAGUGGUGGGGGCCCACGCUAUCACCGCGGGGAGGACGGGCAAGACGGCGACCCCGCGAGAGACAUCUAUGCCAGGGUGGCUAAAACCAGCAGUCUGCCCAGGCCCCAGCCCGACAGCAGAGCCACACAUGGCUACCAGUGGGUACAGAGAGAAGGGGGAUCGACAGCUCGUGAUGGGUCUGAUGACAAAAGGGCACCUUCUGGUGCAGAGCACUCUCGGGUGAGUGUCAACUGAGUGGCAUGCAAUGGCACUGCUAUGGGUGAGAAUAUAGGAGAGGCGAAGGCAAUUAAGGUGGAACGUGGAAAGUUGGCAUAGAAUGGAGUGUCUAAAAUUAACCAUUGAAAAGCACAUUGAACUCAGUGAGUGUUGCUCACUGUGACAGCCCACCGCCACGUGAUUAAAUCUGCCCAAAUAACGACAAAUCUGUCUCUUUAAACACAGACGCUGCCUUGCUUGGCAAGCACAGAACCCUUUUGCUUGAGCCCUUGACGUCACCGUGGGUAAGGCUGAGACGGGGUAGAGCAUGACUACCUGGCAGCCGUCUCGCUUUAGCCUUUUGGUGACUCCUGAGAGGGCUCUUGGCCGUCUGCUCCACCACUAAUCGCUGCAUGGCUUCCCUCACAACGCACACACACUCCUACCUUCUCAUGAAUGCCUCGGUGAAGCAGAGCAGUGUACCUAUGCCUCGAGCAUGUGUUACAGAUAAAAUAGCUGCACCUUUAGCCACAUUGCGCACAAGCCCUUUGUGAUGCGAGAGAUUGUAAAGUUUCAUAUUGAUGAGUCACAUGGAGUAUAUAAAGCACAUGCCUUUUAGUUUCACCGAUUAAUGUAAACAGUUUGCAUGUACGUUGUAUUAUCUCUUAUUCAUAUUUAGUUUGUGUAAAAAAAAACAAUUAUAUUGUAUAUCAAAACAAAAAAGAUGGUAAUUAUGCUAUGGGCGGUUGAUUGUAUAUGGCUCGGCAUGUUUAACGUGGGAUGUUGGGUUUACUAUGUGACUUUUAUUUUGUCCGAUGUACUUUUAGCCAAUGUGCCUUUUGGGGUCACCACCUCUGUCUGAUUUGCCAUGAGGCUACCUAUAUUGAAUUGCAGUUUGUAAGCCACAUUGAUAUUUAUAUUGAGUGCUGUUGUUUUACGCAAUAUUUUCUCUAAAUAUUAACACAAUGCAGUGGCUAUGCAUAAAUCUAACCAUUUAGUACAGACCACCGUCACAGGGGGAAUAUAACUACAAUUGAACCGACAGCUUCAAUCAUGUCAUGUAUAAAAGUUGUAUCCGUUUAUGAGAAUGUUUAGUUGAAGAAUAAUCUGUGUACAAGGCUCACAGUGUGGGAAGCAGGAGACGAUAACAUGAAGUGUAUUUACACACGAGUAUUUUUCAUUUAAGGCUGUAACAUAUCACGCAUGUCGAUAACCGUUGCACAUUCUAACGCAUGUGUGCCGUUAAAUAAAGUAUACCUUGCUAAACUCA